AAUAGCAAUUUUCUACCUCUACUUUUGAAAAACGUUUUAGUUUGGUUUGUUUCUCUAAGCUGUAAUUUGUGUAAAAAAGACUUUCAAUCAGGUGAAAUUUGAUCAUCUAUUCAUCUUUUACGUAAUAACCAAAUUCGCUUUCACGACUAUGACAAGGCCUGGUGAAAAUGGAAAUCGACGAAGAUCUCGUAGCCGGUCGUAUGAACAGGAUAGAAAAAAGCGCCGUUCACGAAGUCGCGAACGGGAUCGUGAAAGAGAUCGUACCAAAACUUCGUUCCGAUUCAAAGACUUUAAUCGACGCGAUCGAGAUAGGGAACGUGAUCGUGAACGGGAACAGAGAGAUCGAGAACGGGAUAAGGAACUGGAAAAGGAACGCAAUAGAGAAGCUGAAAGGAAACGUGAGCGAGAGAAGGAAAGGGAGAAGCUCAGAGAACAUGCUACAAAAUACGCUCAAAGUGUCAGUAGUAGCAGCGGUUUCCGACAAUCUAAGUUUGACCAAAAACCACCAGGUUUUGCGGAGAAAGAUGUUCCCAAAAAACCACCGAAGGAAGAACCGAAAGAAAAGGAGGACACAUUCGAUUUAUCAGUUCCAAUGGAUAAGGAAGAAGAACAACGCAGGUUAGAACAAGAAAUGACGAGACGCAGAGAACGGAUUGAACGUUGGCGUGCGGAGCGGAAAAGAAAGGAGAUUGAAAUCAAAAAGCCGUUGGUUUCAAGUGGAGUUGAUAUUCCUAAAAAGUGGAGCUUAGAAGAUGACGAAGAAGACGAUGAGGAUGACGACAAGGAUAAAGCAGGAAAAGAUAAUGAUGGAGAAGACGAUGUUGAUCCGUUGGACGCUUUUAUGAAAGAAGUGAAUGAUGAAGUUCGAAAGGUCAACAAACUUCCUAAUUCGGCUCCUAAAACAGAUGGAAAGUCUACGUCGUCAUCUGGCGUAACUAUUAUUACUGGUGUAGCAAAGAAAAACACAGAUUCUAUCAAAAAAGGAGAACUAAUUGAACAGAACCAAGAUGGUCUCGAAUAUUCCUCCGAGGAAGAGCAAGAAGAUAUUAAGGAUACGGCAGCAAAUUUGGCUAACAAGCAGAAAAAAGAGCUGGCUAAGAUUGAUCAUUCGGAAAUUAACUAUUUACCGUUCCGAAAAGCAUUCUACGUUGAAGUACCGGAAAUAGCAAACAUGAAGCAAACUGAAGUAGACGCAUACAAAACGGAAUUGGAAGGCAUUAGUGUCAAGGGCAAAGGCUGUCCUAAACCGAUUAGAACGUGGUCCCAUUGCGGAGUUUCUAGGAAAGAAUUUGACGUGCUCCGUAAGUUAGGCUUCGAAAAGCCAACCCCGAUUCAAUGUCAGGCCAUUCCUGCAAUUAUGUCCGGUCGAGACUUGAUCGGUAUUGCCAAAACAGGAAGUGGCAAAACGUUAGCCUUCAUUCUUCCGAUGUUCAGACACAUUCUAGAUCAGCCACCGUUGGAAGAUGGAGAUGGUCCCAUUGCUAUAAUAAUGUCACCAACUCGAGAGCUUUGUAUGCAAAUAGGAAAAGAUAUACGAAAAUUUGCUAAAUCUCUAAACUUGCGUGCAGUUUGUGUGUAUGGUGGAACUGGUAUUUCUGAGCAAAUUGCGGAAUUGAAACGAGGUGCUGAAAUCAUCGUGUGUACUCCGGGUCGAAUGAUUGACAUGCUAGCAGCCAAUUCGGGACGCGUGACGAAUCUGCGUCGGGUAACAUAUGUUGUAUUGGAUGAAGCGGAUCGUAUGUUUGAUAUGGGCUUUGAACCACAAGUCAUGCGAAUCAUUGAUAAUAUUCGACCCGAUCGGCAAACAGUUAUGUUUAGUGCCACUUUUCCCAGGCAAAUGGAAGCUCUUGCGAGACGCAUUUUGGCGAAACCAGUUGAAAUUCAAGUUGGUGGUCGAUCGGUUGUCUGCAAAGAAGUAGAACAACACGUGGUUGUUUUGGAAGAUGAUGCAAAAUUCUUCAAACUGUUAGAACUGUUGGGACUAUAUCAGGAACUAGGAAGUAUUAUUGUAUUUGUCGAUAAACAGGAGAACGCCGAUAUUCUGUUGAAGGACUUAAUGAAAGCUUCCUAUCCUUGUAUGAGUUUACAUGGUGGCAUUGACCAGUUUGAUCGUGAUUCAACGAUCGUAGAUUUUAAGCAGGGUCGUGUUAAGUUGCUCAUCGCGACGUCCGUCGCGGCUAGGGGUUUGGAUGUCAAACAGUUAAUACUAGUUGUGAACUACGACUGUCCUAAUCAUUACGAAGAUUACGUUCAUAGGUGUGGUCGAACGGGUCGAGCGGGGAACAAAGGCUUUGCCUGGACAUUCCUAACCCACGAGCAGGGUCGGUACGCAGGAGAGAUCAUAAGGGCUUUAGAAUUGUCUGGCGGAACAGUGCCGGAUGAUCUUCGUAGUUUGUGGGAAACAUACAAGGCAGUGCAGGAAGCGGAAGGAAAGAAAGUACAUACUGGUGGUGGUUUUAGUGGAAAGGGAUUUAAAUUUGACGAACAGGAGGCAGCCGCUGUAAACGAACGUAAAAAGGCUCAGAAGGCUGCUCUUGGUUUGCAAGACUCUGACGAUGAUGACGAUCUUGAGCAAGACAUAGAUCAACAUAUAGAAAGUAUGUUUGCAACCAAACGAAUUGUAAAAGAAGUAGAAGCCCCUGUCAUUCAAACGCAAGCUGUUACGGCUCCUGUAGCAGCGAAUCCUAAUUCUGACAAAUUAGAAUUAGCCAAACGUCUUGCAUCCCGUAUUAAUCUACAGAAAAAUCUGGGCUUUGAAGCUAAAGUUGCCACACAGCAGACGGCAGAGGCUAUUUUCAAAGGAGGAAGUACACAACAGCUAAUUACGGCGAAAACUGUGGCCGAACAAUUGGCUGCCAAACUCAACACCAAACUCAAUUAUCAACCCAAGGAUGAAGAUGAAACACCCGUGGAAUCAAACGAGACUGUUUUUCGAAAGUACGAAGAAGAAUUGGAAAUCAAUGAUUUUCCACAGCAAGCUCGAUGGAAGGUCACUUCAAAGGAAGCUCUUGCUCAAAUUUCCGAAUAUUCCGAAGCAGGUCUCACAGUCCGUGGCACUUACGUUCCAACGGGUAAAACACCACCUGAAGGAGAACGAAAACUGUAUUUGGCUAUUGAAAGCUGUUCGGAGUUAGCAGUAACGAAGGCCAAGCGCGAAAUAACACGGCUUAUCAAGGAGGAACUAUUGAAACUACAAGCUCUGUCGCAUCACGUUAUCAAUAAAUCACGGUACAAGGUGCUGUAAUUAUUCUAUGCAUGCCCCAUCUUUUGUGUAAAACGGUGUCAACAUGUGUGGAAUGCAAAUAUACCUUCGUUUUUUUCUGAGCUCAGAAAGAACGUUGCAUUUUAUCUAACAAAAUUAAAUAAAAAUGUA